GUACAGCGACAUGACCUUUUCUUCUUUGCGCAUCAUGGCUGCCACAAUCGUUCUGCCCGGCGACGAUAUCUCGAAGAGCGCAUUGCCCACGGGAACAGGAAAGAAGAAGACUUUGACUUUGGGCCCCGGUCUGCGACACACGCCUCCCGACACGGUCACGGCUACGAUCGCAGGCGCGCUGGUGACGGACAACAAGAAGAAUGCGGCUUCAGUAGAGUCCAAUACAGGAAGGUAUCGUCCUUUUACAGGCGACCUUGUAAUAGCGACCGUCAAUGGCUCUGCCGCCGAGAACUUCAACUGCCUUCUCACCCCGAACACGCCGGCGGUGACGCUCCCUCACUUGGCAUUUGAAGGUGCGACCAAGAAAACACGCCCCCAGCUUCCGCCAAACUCACUGGUCUACUGUCGUAUUGCCAGCGCGGGCAAGGAUCUACCCUCAGAACUCACCUGCGUCGAUCCUGCAACCGGGAAGGGAGAAGGGCUGGGUCUUCUCAAGGGCGGAAUGGUUUUCAACGUCAGCUUAGGCAUGGCGAGAAGGAUGCUUGCGGCGAGAGGUGGUAUAACCUUAUUGCAGACCAUGGGUGCAAAGCUUGGGUUUGAGGUCACUGUCGGCCGGAACGGACUGGUGCACGUCGAUGGAGGAAACGUGAAGACCACACUGGCAAUUGGUCAGGCAAUACAAGAGGUCGAUCGUGCUGCCCUGGGAGACGAGGCGCAGAAGAAGCUUGCCGCGGCCACUCUGAAGCAUUGUUGACAGGGCGAACAUCGCUCUCGUAUCGAGCCUUGAGAGGAUAUUACGACUCGGGAUUCGUAUUACAAGAACUGAGGAUUCCAGUACUACCACUCUGACGGGCAAUGCCAGAAUUGUUUGCCCUGCCAGGUCUGAAAACUUGCAUCUUCAGCUAGGGUUCUACGCCCUUGUACAGAGAUGUCGGUACUGUCUCUUGCUAAAUCCAGGGAGCGGAUGAAUCUAAUCUACAUGAACCUAG